AUGGUUUCCGUUGGAUCACAAAGCAGGAAGGUGCAAAGGCUGGUCAACUAUAUGAAUCUCGACUUCUUUCUUAGUGUAUGGAGCCCACUCAUACAAUCAGGAUUUGACUCGAGGAUUCGAUUGGUGUUAUUUUGGGUGUGGUUUGCUGGUUUUGAUUCUGGGUUAUAUUCCAUGCUCUCUUCAAGAAUAGGUCCAGAUAGCACACACACACCUGAAACAAACACUAACAACAAUCUCUUUGUUUCUCAUAUUUUUCUAAGACCAAUUUUUUUUACCUCUCUUCCUAACAUUCUCUCAGCCAUGGAUAAAUAUUUCGGAAGAAAAAAUGAUUACACAGAUGCAUACUUUGAAGGAAUAAUUCGUGCUUCUCAUCAUUUCUUCUCUGAGAUGCUGUCGAUGCUCGAGUGA